AUGUUGCCGCACUCUCUUUAUCGAGGAAACCAUCUUGUCCAGAGGGACACUGUGGGCACUGAUGAGGGGAUAUGCCAAGCCGACUUACCGUCGUAUCGGCAGGUGUCAUUGGGGCGUGAGAGGGCACCGAGAGAGACCACAUCAAAGUUUACCGCUACGACAGCGGUUGGCGUGUCAUCAAUCACCCCUCUUACUCCACCUGCUCCUUUUUUUCCUUCUGCCUGUAUCGUCGAUGAAAGGAGGGAGUGUAAAGAGACUCUUCUUGUUUCCUCGGCCCACACAAAUGAGUGUAUGGGCGAGGCAUGUCGUCUACAUAACUGCUGCUGCACGGAGCAUUUACUGCGCCGCACCAUAGAGUUGGAAUGUGAGAACGAAUUAUUUCGUAUUGCGUUGCUGGAAGGAUCCGAGCGACGGAUGCGGCAGCGGUUUUGCGGCGGUUUCAGCACCGACAGCAGCCAGCGCCACCAACACAACCAUAAUCGGCAGCAGCAGCAACAGCAGAUUCUCCAGUGCGUGAGGGAAGUUGAACGAAGUGCCAAGAGGUAUUUUCAGGACGAAUUGGAAAAAAUGCAGCAACAGAACAAAGCGGAUGCCGCCGCCGCCGCGGUGCAGCACCCCACGAGAGGAGAGACUUACGAGUCCACACUUGCGCAGUCGGAGCGACGGCGUUGGAAGGAACAUGUUCGGCACACCGUGGAGGAACUGGCUCUGCUGCACCGCGAAAAGGAGAAGCAGGCUGCUGGUGCCGCAAUGGCCUCGAUCAUGGACACGGCGUUGGCGACUAAUCGUCAUCACUCGCGGGAUGCGGAUGAUGAUGACGACGGCGGCAGUGCUGGCAAACGUAUUGCCGACCUGCAAAGGGAGGUGGCGCAGUGGAAAGGCGAGGCGGAGAAGGAGCGGGUACGCGCCGAGUUGUAUCGGGAGUACGCACUGCGAGAGCUAGGGCAUAUGCAUGCAAUUUACCGGCAUGCGCUGGGGGAGGAACAAUCUACCUUACCGGGUUGUGACGCAGCGACCAUGCCGGCAGAAGGGAUGGGAGCCAAAGAAACAAGUUGUCGUGCGGAUCAACUACAGACGCCUGUGGAUGUGAAUGCUGCCCCUCCUCCGGUGAAAAUCACCACCCCAACACGUAUCGAGGCACGGGAAGACACCCAGACGGCUUGUCAUGACAGUCUACUCCACACCACAACCACCACCUCUCCCUUCUUCCUUUCCCGCAUCAAAUCACGCAGCCCAGUGCGUGUUGAUAUGGAGACGCCGGUUGCCGCAGUUGGCAUGUCUGGUGCUAAAGUGGGCUCCGGUGAUACGACUGCGCCAUCGCCGGUGUCACCGCAGACGGGGUUGCGGCGUUCCUACCACUCGGACAUUUGCCUUCGAAGAGAGAGCGUCACAAACGACGGGGGCGCAUGUUCGCACAUAAAAUUUUGA